AUGGCAUCGGUAAAGGUUCUAGGCGCAGCGCCAAGUCCAUACGUGAACCGGGUUCAAAUCGCCCUCAACUUAAAGUCUGUCAACUACAAGUUUUUGGUGGAGCAAUUUGACUACGAGUUUUUGGUGGAUCAAUUUGGGUCCAAAAGUGAGUUGUUACUUAAAUCGAACCCAAUUCAUAAGAAAAUUCCUGUUAUGAUCCAUGGGGAAAAACCCAUUUGCGAAUCCCUUAUCAUCGUACAGUAUAUUGACAAGGUGUGGACCGAUGGCCCGAGUAUUCUCCCUUCGGAUCCAUAUGAUCAGGUCAUGGCCCGGUUCUGGGCUGCUUAUAUUGACGAUAAGAUAGUGAAGGUGCUGCAAUAUGCCGAGAGAGAGGAUGCAAAAGCUGCCGCACUAGUGCAAGUUAUGAAAGGGAUCAUGUUGUCGGAGGAUGCUUUCGCGAAAUGUGGCAAGGGAAAAGACUUCUUCGGCGGUGACACCAUCGGAUACCUCGACAUAGGCCCUCGGGAGCUUCUUGGGGUGGCUGAGAGCAACGAUACAGAGUCUAUUUUAUGUUCUGGGUUCUUCCAUGGUCAGAUCGAAAUGGAAAUCAUAAUUCUAACCCAGAAGAAGUUCUCUCUGUUCUUGUGGUGGGAGAUGCAGAAGUGUGAAAGAGGUGAACGAUUUCUCCACUUUGGUCGAAGGUCCAGUCGUCUGCUCCGGCAUCUCUCUCCUCGUUUUCUCCUAGUAUGUGAGAAAUGUGAGAAUGUGAAGGAAAUCAGUAGAGGGGACAAACCAGGGCUUUGUGGAAUUAUCUCAAAAAGGAGAGGGUAG